UUAUUACAGUUUCAUAGAAGAUGGACUCCCAAAAGAUGAGCUACGAGGCUGGACAGGCCAAGGGCCAAGCUCAGGAAAAGACUAGCAACUUAAUGGAUAUGGCUACCAAUGCUGCCCAGUCUGCUAAAGAAACCAUGCAAGAGGCUGGUCAGCAGAUGAUGGCUUCAGCGCAAGGAGCUGCUGAUGCUGUGAAGAAUGCAACUGGCGUGAACAAAAAGUGA